AAAAAUUGACGCUGGCCAGAGGCCUGGUUGCGAAUUAGUCUGUGCAAUACAGCAAUAAGUUCUGUUGGUUGUUAGGCUUAUGCGUAAGUUAAUAAAUUCGCGAAGACUUGAAAAGUGAAUAAUUUCUACAAUAUGGCAAAGGUUCAGGAUUCUACACCCAAGGAGCGAUAUGUCCCAAACGGAUUGAAAUUUGCAUUUGGUGGUCUAGCUGGUAUGGCAGCGACAUGUGUAGUACAGCCGCUUGAUCUGAUAAAAACUCGAAUGCAACUAAGUGGCGGAGGUCGAACAUCAUUCGUGGUUGCAGGGGAGAUUGUAGCCAGAGAAGGGUUUGUGGCACUCUAUGCUGGAUUAUCUGCUGGUCUUCUCAGACAAGCUACAUACACAACAACACGUCUUGGAGUAUAUAACUGGCUAUUUGAUUCAUACAAAGAACGCCAUGGUGGCACCGCCCCAGGGUUCGGGAUAAAGACAGCGCUGGGCAUCGCAGCUGGAUCCAUCGGGGCCUUCGUCGGUACACCUGCCGAGGUGGCAUUGAUUCGCAUGACAGCCGAUGGGAGACUCCCCGCUGAACAACGCAGGAAUUACAAGAAUGUUGUGGACGCGCUCUUGAGGAUAGUCCGCGAGGAAGGCGUGUUGAAGCUGUGGCGAGGGGCCACGCCCACCGUGAGUCGUGCGAUGGUCGUCAACGCGGCGCAGCUGAGUACCUACUCGCAGGCUAGAGAAAUAUUUGCGAAGCGCGUUCCCGACGGCAUCACACUACAUUUCUGUGCGUCUAUGGUCUCCGGGUUGAUCACAACAAUUGCUUCGAUGCCCGUCGAUAUCAUUAAAACGAGGAUACAAAACGCAGCAAAGGGUGAGAGUCAGCUGGUUGUUGUGACAAGCCUGCUAAGGAAUGAGGGCGUCCUGUCGCUGUGGAAGGGCUUCCUGCCGUACUACGCCCGGCUGGGACCCCACACUGUACUCACCUUCAUAUUCCUGGAGCAAUUUAACGCGGCCUACCUCAAAUACUACUAAUUGGUAGAUUUUCGUAGGAAUACCAACCGAUACCAAGUUAGUAGAAUAUGGUAGGAUUAAACUUUUUAUCAUCAAUUUUGUAGCUCCAAGCAACCUAUAUUAUUAAGUUUUAAAAUUGAUAGGAGUUGGCUGUAAAAGAACAACUUUGCUAUCACUUGUUCGUUUAUAAAGUUAACUUACUAGAAACUGUUUAGUAGAAUUUGGUAGUUAUUUGUUUUAUAUAAUAAUUGAAAAUUAUGUUGCUUCCUAUAGAAUUAGGUAAUACAUAUUUAUUUUUUAUAACAAUACUAAAAGUAUAUAUAUAAUUUUGUAGCGACUGAAAUGUCUCUAAUGAAGAAGAACUCGAGAUUUCGUAACUCAACAAUAAGUUUAAGCACAAAAUGUAGAUAAACGGUCUUUGAUAUAAAUAUUGAAUCUCGGAUUGUACAAAUCAGCUUAUCUGAUUAUUUUAACAGGGCUUGUUCGUAGGGAGAGCACUCAACUUAAAGAACAUGUCCCUUUUGUAGCAUUUCUAAAUGUAAUAUAUAAAAUUCUCGUGUCAUGGUCUUAAACUUUGAACUCCUCCGAAACGGCUUGACCGAUUCUCAUGAAAUUUUGAGUGCAUAUUGGGUAGGUCUGAGAAUCGGACAACAUCUAGUUUUCAUCUCCCUAAAUGUUAAGGGUGGCCCACACGAUUUUUUUUUUGACUUUUUUUUUAAUUUGUUUGAUUAUGAGUCAGCAUUAAAAAAUACAUACAACCUCAAAUUUUCACCCAUCUACGAUCAACAGUUACUGUUGUAUCGCGAUUUUAAUAUCGGCUAUACAAAGUUUGCUGGGUACGCUUGUAAAAUUAUAUAUUGGCUCGAUCACUUCAUGAAAGGGAAGUGUUCCGAAAAGGGCAAUAAAUCAGGAUCCUCAAUAGCCAUAAACCUGAUAUUUCUCCGGCUCCCUCUGUUAUCAACCCUUUUAUACACUAUUAACCUAAGCAUUUUCGUAACGCAACCCGGUGUCGGUGACGCGGCUGGUUUACUAAUAAAGUAAAUAUUAUGAAAUAUUUGGCUUGAGUAAUCUCUUCUCCAGUCCCCCUUAGUCAACUCACCCCGAACUAGCGUUACGCAGCCAAGCGUGACAGCUCAUUCUCAUUCAAUACCCACAAGCUAAAAUGUUAUCGCUUCAUAAAUGUAUGGUGUCAGUAAUGUAGUCUGGCCAUCCUAGAUAUUGCAAGAAAAAUUGUUUAACGUAGAAAGUGCAGUGCAGCUUUAUACGAUAUAAAAUAUCAUAAAGUAGAUAUAUUAAGGAUUAUUUUAUUUUUAGACACAUUUUUAAAUAUUGUUAUUAUUUUUUUAUUUUAAAAUUAAAACAUGAUAAAAGAAACUAAAAAUAUUAACUUGUUUUCCAUUAAUUGUACUUCUUGAGUGAUAUCAAUCGUUUGGUGCCUGCGGGAUACAUGAAUGUUUGCUGUGCCACAUAUAUUUUUUACGAAUAUAUAUGGCUCACUACGAGGCUUGAUAUUCUAAAACACGCUAACACUAUUUUGUUGUAUUUAGUUAGGUCAGGCAAUUUAUUAUGAUUAAAUGACUCAGACUCAGACUGAGAUCCAGAUCCUUAUAGCGUGUUUGAUUUCAUACUACCCAUACACCACCAAAGGAGACCUUUUUGAGACUAUUGUACAAUCGUAUUGAUUAAGAAACCUAUUUAUAAAUUAAUUUACAGUAAAGUUAAAAUUCCUGCAAACAUUACUCUUAAUCAAAUUUUUUAUCAGUUUCCUUUUUAUAUGAAGAAGGACGGCGUUUUUUUGAUUUUUUUAUUAUAAUAAUGCAGAAAGUAUGCUCUCAAGUCAGUGUGGCGGCUUGUAAACUAUUUGGCUUCCUAUGGCCAAAUUGGAAAACACUUUCUUAAGCCAAAACCUGCACUGUUAUUUUUUUUUUGGUCUGGGGUUUAUGUAUUUGACAUCUCACAGAACUGUCAUACUAAACGUCGAGUUUCGUUGUGAUUUGAGAUUAUGAUACGAAAAUAAAUAAUCGUUUGAAUCGAUAUUUAAAUGUAACUUUAAAUUAUUCAAAGUUAUUAAUUGAUUUAGAUAAAUUUUAUUGAUGCCAAAUUAAUAUUGCUUCCUAGUGAAAGUGCCAGAUGUAGCCAAAUAGGUUUUGUAGAAUUGCUUUAUACUAUUUUCUUUCAUAAUGGCAUUAACGGCCGUUCCCAAUAUUCAGUCUACCUCUUGAGAUAAAAAUCGUGACUAUCGUUGACUUUUCUGUCCCAAUAAACUUAUCGACGGUAACUCGCCUUGUCCGUACACGCUGUCUGUCAUUGGGACGACGUAUAGCUUACCAGCAGCGAUAGAAGUUUGUAUUGAAAUUUCAAUUCACGCGUCCCAAUAUAAGGCGAUAAGAAUGACAUAUCGGGUAUAUUGGGACAGCUUCAGAUUAUUGACAGCUAAUUACUGACAGUAGAAGGUAGUAAUUUAUAUUUAUCUGUAGAUAGUAGAUAGGAACGGCCGUAAGAGAAACUGCAAAAAAAAUUGUCAGCAUGAAAUCCAUUUGAUGUUCGUACAUCAUCAUAAAAUGCAAUUUAACACGUUUUUGCAAUUAGUAACUGAUAUUUGAAUUGCUUGUUCAUCUUAAGAAAGGGUUAUUUGUACGAAAUUUGCUUAAAUUGUUAUUAAUAAGAUUUUGCAUAUUUAGUUGCAUAAAAAUAUUUUGUUUUUAAAUUAAUCCAUUGCUUGGUUGUAUAAUUUUUAUAAUGAAUUUUGAUAUCUUGUUUUAUUUUUGAAGCUUUUUUUUUUUUUGUAAAAUUGGUUUAUGAAUAUUUUCUAUUUUUGAUUAAUAUUACUAAACUUUGUUGAGUUUCGUUACGUUUUGUAUAAUUGUUAAAAUAAAUAUGUUUUUAUUACUUAGGUACUACUAUUUUAGUUUUAGUUCAUUAAUGUGAACAAAUUACAUUUAGUGAGAUAUUGUUUGUAGUAGGUAUGACACGGACGAGUGAAAAAAGAAGGACUCCGCGCCGUGAUAUUAGCAAGUGAGGCACCUUUAUAAUAAUAAUUAUUAUUAUUAUUUAUUUUCAGGCAUUUCACCCAUAGAUUUACAAACAAUAUUAACUUAAAUUACAUUACAUUGUUGAGUCUGAUUUCAUUUUAAUUAAAUUACAUAUAAAAAUUUAAGAUAAUCAAGAUAUGGCCACAAAUACUUAAAUAGUAUCGUUUUUACACUUUUUCACAACGCACGACGGCAUUUUUAAAAUAUUUUAUUGUGACGCAAACUGAUCUGUCACAGACGAUGACAAUCCUCAUAAUGGCCGCCGAUCGGCCUGUAGUAGUGUAAGUGUGUGCGUGGGGCUAUGUAUUUACACGUUCAUCGGCUUGUUUUGGUGCUACACUGUUAUGUAAGGUGACAUGGAGUCCUUAUUUUUUACUAGUCCGUGGUAGUGUGAAAUGUUUUUGUAGUAUCUGCUUAAAGAAAUUAUUAACGCCUUUUAAUUGAAAUUAUGAUAAAUAUAAAACAAAGUUAUCUAAAAUUUUGAAAUUAUUUUUUUAAGUUGAUUCGUGGCUUUCUAUUAUGGUUACUAAAGUUAGGCAAUGCACACUUAUGAAAUGAUGUUCAUUUUUUAAUUUAUAUUUGAUAUUAGUAGUACGUCUUGUGUAAACCCCGAAACCAGUAGGUAUGCCAGUUUCAAAUCAAAUCAAAAUGUAAAAAUACGUCAUCAGAAUUCAGUAAGAUAGGUUUAUUUAAAACAAUUGCUUAUUUUUUCUUUUGCCUGUGUUAGGGAAGCUCCGUAGCAUCUUCGCGUCCCAAAUACAACAGUAUCUGUGGUAUUUGGGACGCGGUGGCUAACUAUCGGCCUUAUGAGAAAGCUCAUGGUCGCUCAGACGGCAAUGGAGAGGGUCGUAUAUGCUCGCUAUAUAAUAUGCUCGGAGUUUCCCUACGAGAUCGAAAUGAGGAGAUCCAUAGGAGAUCCAAACCGACAUAAAUGAUUGCGAAACUGAAGUGGCAGUGGGCAUAUAGUUCGACGGACAGAUGGCCGUUGGGGCAUAAAAGUCUUCGAAUGGCGACCACGUACCGGAAGAUGUAGUGUUGGUGGGGGGCCUCCACAAGAUGGACCGACGAUCUGGUCAAGAUCGGCGGAAUACGGGGACCAGGGCAGCGCAGGACUAAUCGUCGUGGAAAUCUUUGGGGGAUGCCUUUGUCCAGCAGUGGACGUCUACUGGCUGAUGAUGAUAGGUUAGGUUUACUGUACGUGACAAGCUACGUCUAAACAUUCGCGAUUUGUAUGUCACUUUGUGUUAGUGUGCGUGAAUUGCUCAAAUUACAGGUUAACUUUCAAUCUCAGUUUUUCACAGCUGUCACAGUUUAUCCAGACGUAUAAAUGACCUAGGGUUAGAUUGUUGAACGUAUCGUAACGUCAAAUCUGUAAAGAAUUUUCAUCUAGUAGAGUUAGAGAAUAUCUCUAUAGUCGAAGGUCUUCGGUAUUAAAACAUACAUUUGAGUAAAUCAGACGAUAUGAAUAAAACUUCUUUGAUUUGCAAACUUCCAUUGGGGUUUUCACCUAAUCGGUUACUAAUAACAAAUGAUUCUAUAAUCUACAUAUAAUAUUCAUAGAAAACCUUUAAAUAAGAUUACCAUUACAAUGUUAUAAAAUUUGCUCUUAGAUAUUGCCUGAUCUAUCUUUUUUGUUAUCGUUGUAACUGAUAAAAUUGAAUUUUGCGAUAUUUAGUACUCUGUGAAUUAUCAUGUCUAUAGUUAGGCGAAUGACGUCACAAUACACAGAGUACAUAAUACUUUUUAAUAUGUCAUUUGACAUUUCAUUCAUGUUAGUACAGUAAUAGGUUAUGUUACCAUUAUAUAUUGUAGGAUGUGCUAUGUGAUAUUUAUGUAAUGUCGAUAUAUAUUUUUGUAAACAUUUACUGCGAAAAUAAACAGUUGUUAUAUU